UCUAACAGCGACUCUUGGUCACCCAAAGUCAGAAAACCCCCCUAGAAUUCUACGUGAAAGCGGGCGAGUUACACAAUGUCAACGACGACCGUGCAGCAGACGAAACCAGUUUUCGUGAAGGUGGAUGAGCUAAAACCAGGAAAAAACGGCUAUAACUUGACCGUGAAAGUAGUUGAAUCCAAUCCCGUCACACCAGCGACCCGUAAAAAUGGUUCGUUGACGCGGCCAUUUCGAACUCAUCGUAUCGCCGAGUGCCUUAUCGGUGACGAUACUGGAUGCAUCCUUUUCACUGCUCGCAACGAUCAAGUUGAUGUAAUGAAGACUGGGGCAACUGUUACUCUGAGGAAUGCAAAGAUCGACAUGUUUAAGGAUACGAUGAGAAUGGCCGUUGACAAAUGGGGACUCAUUCAAGUCACUGAUCAUGUUUCCUUCGAGGUUAACCGACAAAACAAUCUUUCUCUGGUAGAAUAUGAACUCGUCACUGUACCUGUUCAGUAACUUAUGUAUGUCACUGCUUUUCACGUUUUAUUUUACUAAGUUUAACUUUUCAUAGAAUUCUCUAGUGCACCAGUGGAUUAAAUUCAGUAUGGUUAUGAAUUUCUUUUAAUCCGUUGGUUUAGUUUUAA